AUGAGUCGCGUCAGUGUCGCCGUCAUUGGUGCUGGCCCGACCGGCAUCACGAUGCUCAAACAGCUGUUACAGGACGGUUUCAAUGCUACACUGUUUGAAAGACGUAGCCAGGUUGGCGGGCUAUGGGCUUACGACGCAAAGCAUGGCUGGACCACUGCUUUAGCGACGACAACGGCGAAUAUCAGCAAAUACACAUGCGGCUUUACGGAUUAUCCUAUACCAGACAAGUAUCCGGUUCAUUUAAGCACAUUCGAUUUCCAAGAAUUCAUGCAAGGUUAUGCCGAGCACUUUGGCCUUUUGAAGCAUAUCAAAUUCGAUACAAGUGUCAAAAUGGUAAAUAGGAACAAAGAGGACAACGGCUGGGAGGUUGAAGUUGAAGAUGUGGAAAGUGGAAAGAUUGAUAGACGCCAUUUUGAUAAGGUUGCAUUUUGUCAUGGCUACCAGACCACGAAGAGGAUGCCCGUGUUCCCUGGACAGAAGGAAUACGAAGGGGAAAUCAUACACUCGCAGCAAUACCGAAGCCCCGACUCGUACAAAGAUAAAACGGUUGUGCUUCUUGGUUUAUCCACAACAACAGACGAGAUCGCACCUCAAGUCGCCGCUGUAGCUGAAAAGGUCUACAUCUCUCACAGAAGAGGACAAAUAGUCGUCAAGCGUUUCAGAAAAGGACGACCAACAGACCUAUUAGCAUCAUGGAGACGUCGCGUGAUAUCUCAAUGGAUCGCGCGUAAUUUCCCAAACGCCUACAGAUUCCUCGCAAACACACUCGCUAAGCUAUUGACAUCUCACUUUGCGGGGAUGAAACUGGAUCCAGCGUGGCGUCUUGAUAAAAUCAAGGACUUGACUCUAAGUUUGCCUGGACUGAUUGAGCAUAUUAUACCUCUUCUGAAAGAAGGCAGCGUGACAAGUGUACAUGGCAUCAAAAGGUUCACGGGUGGAAAGUCGGUCGAAUUUGAGGAUGGCACGAUACUUGACGACGUCGAUAGCGUUAUCUUUACUACGGGCUAUCAAGCUGACUUUUCGCUGGCACCCUUCGUCGAGAAGACUAUUCCACAGUCGCCCAACUACCAAGGACCGGCUAUCCAUCGACUCUAUAUGAACGUCUUCCCACCGAAAUACGCAGAUAGCUGCGUAAUGCUCUGUUACUCCGCCUACGGUAAGAACAACGGCUUCUCAUUCAGCGACGUAAUGAACAUGGCUAUUUCCAACAUCUGGCGGGGCACAAGUUCUCUCCCCUCUUACAGUGUAAUGGAAGAAUGGGUGGACGAGCAUCACGAAUGGCUAGCAGCAAACUGGGCACGAGACCCAAGUAUAGACCUCAGCAUGGUAAAGCAAUACGAAUUCCAACCGUGGAUGCAUGAAAAGGCUGGCACAGGAAUGGAGAAUUUAGGUUGGGGAUCAGCUGGUUGGAAGUUUUGGUGGAAGGAUCGGAAGAUGUAUAAUCUGAUGAAUAAUGGUGUUGAGACGGCGCAUAUGUUUCGGUAUUUUGAUACGGGCAAGAGAAGUACGUGGGAUGGAGCGAGGGACGAGAUUAUAAGGCAGAAUAGGAUCGUAGAGGAGACAUUUGGAAAGAAGAAGAAUAAGGACAAGGCUAGAGAGGAGUAG